AUGAUCUGGCUUAUCAACGUCCACAGCGGCAAGCUGGAAAAGUUUCAGAACAACUUUCCACGCUACGCUAUUCUUUCUCAUACAUGGGGAGAAGAGAAAGAUGAGAUACACUUCGGCGAUAUCCAGAAAGACCACCAGCUAUCCAAGACCGGACCUGGCAGGAUAAAAUUCGAUGGAUGUUGCCAGCAGGCGAAAGCUGAUGGCUUCGACUACGUUUGGAUCGACACUUGCUGCAUCGACAAGUCCCAUCACACAGACUACUCAGAAGCAAUCACUUCGAUGUUUACUUGGUAUCAGACUGCUGGCCGUUGCUAUGCUUAUCUUGCCGAUGUGCCCGACGAGUCAGCUUUGACGUUCGACAACGACUUCCGACGAAGCCGGUGGCACACCAGAGGAUGGACAUUGCAGGAGCUCUUAGCUCCCCAAGACCUGGUCUUCUACAGUAAAGACUGGAAUAAGCUAGGAGAGAAAGUCUCUAUGACUAGCAUAAUCGAAGAGGCCACUGGUAUUCCUGCUCAAUUCCUUGGCGGAUUUCGGGAUGCAAGCGUUGCCCAGCGCAUGUCCUGGGCUGCCCAGAGAGUGACAACGAGAGGAGAAGACAUAGCCUAUUGUCUUUUCGGUAUUUUCAACGUCAGUCUUCCGAUCAUGUAUGGAGAAGGGGCUUCGGCUGCAUUCGGCCGGCUACAGGAAGCCAUCCUCCAGAGAACCCCAGACGCCUCCAUUUUAGCCUGGGGACUUCAUUUGCAACAUGAUGACCUCCACCCUCAACAGCCUUCAACAAACAGAUACGGGAACGUUUUGGCCGCCAGCCCUCAGGACUUCGUCAACUGUGGAACCGUGGUCCCUUGGGAAAAUGGUCACAGCGGACAACGCCUAGACGUGAACGGUGGCUACUAUCACUUACAACUUCCGCUACACACAACCAAGGCGGGACACACCUUUGGCUUGCUCAAAUGCUAUUCAAGGCCCCAUCAAAAGGGUUGCAUAGGAAUUCCUCUCUGUCAAGUCGAGCCAGGAUCGGCAACGGACGAGUUUAUGAGGCCCAAGGAAAGCAAAGCCAUCCAGCUAUUUCACACAGAUUCUUCACAAGAGCCGUCCAAUUUGCGAAUUCGAGACCUCUCACUGGCCGAAAACAUCAGAAAGUUUGAUCGUAGGUACGGGUACAGCAUUGAAGUACCAGCCUCCAGCAAAUUGGCCGUGUUCGAUGUUUACCCGAAGGAUCGGUGGGACACAAGUAAGAGAUUUGGCAUUACUGGCGUUGACUUUCUAUGCGACGCCAAACAACUUUCAUGGAUCAGACUCCGGCACAAUGAAGAGCAAAGUCCGGACUUUGUUGUCAUGUUGGAGUUGGAAAUCAGCUCGUCGUAA